AUGGCGAGCUCGCACAAGAUCGAUUUGGACGAGAUGCAUCGCUUCGCGUCGCACCUGGCGAUCCUCGCUGGGGUGUACCUCCGUGAUCAGGCGUUACAACGCGCGUCGAGGCAGAGUGGUGCCUAUUACGACCUCGAGUUGACCAUCAAGGAGAACGCCGCGGAUUUGGUCACCAAGGCCGAUAAACAUGCCGAGGAUAUGAUCAGUACGGCGAUUUUGCAAAAGUACCCGAACCACAAGUCAGUCAGCAGUAUUUCUGCUCUGAUGGCACCGCUCCCGGCCGUCCCUAGGCUGGUGCUGGGGGAGAUCGGGCCAGGGAUAUCACGACUGACGAAAACUCAUUUCUUCGAACAGGAUCAUUGGUGAAGAAUCCUACUCGGCCGGUCAAGACAAGCGAUUCUUGUUGACAGAGGUGGGUUCGCUAAACGAUCCAAGGUACUAACCCGAAGGAAUCUCACGUUCUUCCUACCGACCACCAGGAACCGACAUGGAUCAUCGACCCAUUGGACGGAACGGUCAACUACGUGCACCUCUUCCCAACAUGCUGCGUUUCGGUCGGGUUUUGUCUCAACAAGGUUCCCGUCGCAGGUGCCAUCUUUGCGCCGAUCCUUGGAGGCCUGCACCCGACGAACGCGAGUGGAUCUCUGUACUCGGCCGCGCAAGGCCUAGGCUCUUGGUCCACCCCCAUCUCCUUUCCCUACGAAGAUGCGACACUUCUUACGAUUCCAAAGGAUUCGUCGACGGAGAAGCCAGCCCCUUGGUUGCACGCGACGCCCUUACCCUACCUCGCCCCUCAACCCAUCCCACCGGAAGCACCGAAAGGAUUUCUCUUCCUCGCCGAGUGGGGAAAAGCGCGAGCCGAUCACCCCGGUUCCAACUUGAGCAAGAAGGUAGCUACCUUGCACAACUUUGCGGCCGAGAUUGGAGGACGUGGUGGUAAAGGUGGGAUGGUGCAUGGGAUGCGAUCGCUCGGCUCGGCCGCCUUGGACAUGGUUUACGUCGCUACCGGCGCCGUGGACAUAUUUUGGGAAGGAGGUCGGUAGGCUGCUAGUCAUGUGUAUUUGGGGGUCAGAUCUCUUCUCCAAUGCUGACUGCUUUCAUGAACAGGCUGCUGGGAGUGGGACGUCUGCGCCGGCAUCAUCAUCGUCAACGAGACAGGCGGCCGCGUCGUCCCUAGUCAAUGUCCUGCAGGGCUCGAAGAGCAAGACGACAUACCCGAAGCCGAUCUAGGAUCCAGGCUCUACCUCGCGAUCCGACCGUGUGCCUCGACGCAAGGGGAGACUGCGACACAGGCGCAGGAUCGCUUGAUUCGCGAGGUGUGGCGGCGAUGCGAGAAGCUCGACUAUGUUAGGCCUCAGUGACGCAGAUCAGAUUUUGAGUACUCGAUAGAUCUCUUGACUACGAAACAUUUGCAACCAAUCUACAUCAUCGCACGUUUAUCUGCCUCGUGGCGCCGAGCCAGCCCCCAGGUUUGAGCGGCCGCAGUGAGGCAUUGCUAUAUGAUGAUGCAGGGUGAGACUCAGACGCACUGGAAGCACGAGAUCCCGAAAGAGCCAAAGGUCGAGGGAGGGAGGAUUAGUCUCGGCAGUUGGUGUUUUGACGAUUGUUAG